GAUGAAUGUAUGUCGGGUCAGCUGUGUCUUUGAAUUUAAAAAGGGUAAGCCUAAUUUUUCUCUUGGUAUUUAUAACUAAGUUAGUCAGUGCAUAUUUAAGUGUAGGUUACAUUUUAUUUAGGAUUUUAAAGGGCGUUUUAUUGAAGAACUUUUGAACAUGGGAUCAAAUGCCUCGGUUUUACAGUGGUAUUGUAAAAAUUGUACAUCAAUAAACCCCACCGAAAGAUCAUCGUGUUUAUUUUGUGGUGCCAAACGUCAGCCUGCUGCUUCUUUAGAUUUACAAAGAAACGUAGGUCUCAGUGAAGAAAAGAGGCAAACCUCACCAAAACGUAAAGAGCCAGGCCUUUUUCCCACACAUAUUGUUUCAGUAAACAGUAGCCCUCCUGUUGAUGGUAGAUCUCCAACAAAUUCAAGAAUUCAUGAUUUUGAGUAUCAGUCAAGCUCUCAUAGUCAUAGCGAAUGUUUUCCAGCAUCUGGUUUUCUUUCAUCUGUGGAAGCAAAAAGACAAAAAAACAAUAAGGCCCAAAAUUCACUGCUGCUAGAAUCAACAUCUGACACCAGUGAAUAUUCUUUAAAAGCUGAGAAAUUUCCAGCAUCACGGUGUAUUGUACCAUCACGGAAUGUGCAUGUGAUUCAUGAGAAAAGACCCGUAGCCUUUCCAAAGCCCUUAUCAGUCACUUAUGAUAAGGAAACCAUCAAUGGUAAUGAUAGUCUUCCUGAACUAGGGAACAAGGACCAGGUACCGCCCAUAAUCUCACCUGCUAGUGAUACCAGCUUAAAUCUAUCAGACAAACAUUUUCAAAAUGUUGAAGAUACUCUAAGUAAUAGAGAUAGGGAUAGAUCAAGUUUUCUUGAUAAAAGUUUCAUUAAAUGUAUUCGAAAGAAAACUCCCAAAUGGAGGUGCAGUAAAUGUCAGUCCUUGAAUUGGGAAACAUGUUCUGUAUGUAUGGUUUGUGCAUCUCAUCAAAAUGAGAGUUUAGGAGAAAGGUCAGGUUCUGUUGAAGAUAGUUGUGUAGACGAUAAAGCUUUCAGUGAUAGGCCAGGCUCUGUUGAAGAUAGUUUUGAAGAUGAUAAAGCUCAAAAGGAACAGACUUCGGUAACCACAUUUAUAGAGGCGAGUGUUUCGUGUUCUCAGACUUCCUUUAGGGGACUUGAAGUUGAUCAAAAUGUUAACAGAUCAACUGCACCAAUACCUUUGGAGUCUAAUGAUUCUCAUCAGAUCAUAGAAUCUGUGCAAAACUGUGGUCCUGUAAAUCAUCAGAUCAUAGAAUCUGUGCAAAACUGUGGUCCUGGAAAUCGAGACUUUGAAUUUCAUUCUCUAACCUCAGAUACUGCAUCUCCCAAACAUCUUCCAAAAAUAGAGUCAAAGUGGAAAUGUGAUAUUUGUCACUUUCUAAACAUUCCCUCCACAAAUCACUGUAUAGUUUGUCAAAAUUCUAGAACAUUUCAAUCAGAAGAAGUAAACAGAGAAGAAGUAUCGUCUGCUCCAGGAUUACGUAACGAACUGAAGGUGAGCUCUCCUAAAAGGCAACGUUCGUUUUCUGAUCGUAUUAAAGCUAAGCUGUUCCGUCAGUCUUCAGAAGGCUCAACAGAAGUCAAUAGCAACACAAAAAGAACUCUUGUGGCAAAUUCUCACUCUGCAGAAGAUGUUAUGACAGUCAACAGUGACCAACAGUUAUCGUGGGUUUGUAAAUCUUGUACAUAUGAAAAUAAUUCAGUUGCAGAAUGUUGUGAGAUUUGUGAUGCUACUAGAGUUGUUAACAUUCCAACCUCCAUUAAGCUCAGGAAUUCCUUUAGUUUAGGUUUCUUGACAGAUCUGAGGCCUCGAACUACAACAAACAGCACCCAGCAGCCUCCAGCUACAAGAAAAUCUAACAACUGUUUAAAAAGUAAGUCGUUAUCUGAAGUUUGUACCACAGAGUGUUUCACAAAUAGCCCAGUAUUAAAACAUAGACCUAACGGGACUCUUGAGGCAUCAAAUACAGACAAGCAUUUGAUUGUUGACCUAACAGAAGAACUUCCUCAUGAGGGAGAAAUGUCCACUUCUCUUACAUCUGAUUCUUCCUGGCCACAGAGUUCUCACUCUAGUAUAACAGGUGGUAAUCAGCGAACCUUUUCUAAUAGUAACCAGGAGAUGAAUGUGCGGUUAAGCCAGGUGUUGGGAGUGGCUAUUAUUGACAGAUGGACCUGCAUUCGCUGUACUCUUAUAAAUCCUUCCACAGACAAUAUCUGUAGUGCUUGUGGAGGGUCAAAAGUGAACAGCACAACAGAUCGUCAGUUCCGAACCUUAAAACCCAAGGAAAGCUGGGCUUGUUUGAGGUGUACUCUCCGGAAUCCUAAAAGUGCUCCUGAAUGUGCAGCAUGUAGCUAUCAGCGAGAGACUCUUGAUAAUUCUCACCAGCCAAACACUGCAACGCUUCGCUAUGGCAGUGUACGGAGUGUCCGAGAAGGGUGUUCAGAUGGGUGGGACUGUUCGGCCUGUACGUACCGUAACAGUGGAGGACAUGUGGUGUGUGAAAUAUGUCAUUCCUCCCGUAGUCUCUUGUCACUCAGGCCAGAUACUGCACACACUCGAGCUAUACCUCAACAGGGAGAGAGUGAACUGAUGGAGGAAUUGCGUAGGAUUGAAGAAGAUGAGGCCAGACAGAAAUGGGAGGACAUUGUUAACUUUUGUAAGCAGAAUAAUGAGCCGUUUGUAGAUGACUCUUUUCCACCUGUUCCAAAGUCCUUGUAUUAUAAUCCUGAAGAACCCCGUGAGGAGGGUGAAGCUCAUUGGUUGAGACCUCAGGAAAUCACCUAUGAUAUAGCAGAAAGCAGGACAAAGUGGGCUGUUUUCCGAACAACUGCUAUGCCUUCAGAUAUAACUCAAGGGGUGCUAGGCAAUUGUUGGCUUCUAAGUGCAUUAGCUGUGCUUGCAGAGCGUCCAGAGUUAGUAGAACAAGUUAUGGUCACCAGAGAAAUAUGUCCACAAGGGGCUUACCAGGUUCGUCUGUGUAAAGAUGGUAGAUGGACGACAGUUUUAGUAGAUGAUCUGCUACCCUGUGAUAAUCGUGGUCUUUUACUUUAUUCACAG